AUGACGACCGCCCACAGACCUACCUUUGAUCCCGCGCGCGGAAAGGAAGCAGCGCGUGGUGAGGCGUAUCAUCAACGUCUGCUGCCGGCGCACAAGACGCUCAAGUUCCGCCAGCCAAACCAAGGCACUGCAGAUGAGAACGCCAAGCGCGAUUUGCGCGCGGAGCUGUUACGUGCCGAGGCGAAACACUUUGCGAAGAAGGAGGGCCGAGAAAUCACAGACGAGGAGGAUGCAAGUCAGGUUCGGACGCCGCAGCUACAGUUGGGUCAGGGCGAGGGCGAGGGAGAGGGAGAGACGGACGCUACCACAGCGAAGCGGAAAUUGGACGACAUCGGUGGGGAAGGGGAAGAAGACUACGAGGCGAAAAAGCGGCGGGUGCUAGAGGAAACACGAGAUAUCGACGCCGAUUCGGACGAUGCUGGUUCCGCCUCGGAGUCGGACUCCUCAGAUGAUGAUGAAGAGGAUGAGACGGCAGAACUGAUGCGGGAACUUGCGAAGAUAAAAGCGGAAAGAGCGGAAGCCGCUGCCAAGGUCGCAGCGGAACAAGCCAAAAAAGACGAGGAGCAGAGGGAGAAGGACAUUGCGCUGGGGAAUCCUCUGUUGAACAAGGGACGGGAUGAUGAGUACGGAGUGAAGCGCAGGUGGGACGAUGAUGUGGUCUUCAAGAACCAAGCGAGAGGGACCGAAGAGAGAGGAAAGGAGAAGAGAUUUGUGAACGAUCUGUUGAGGAGUGACUUCCACCGGAGAUUUAUGGACAAGUAUGUUCGAUAG